GCCAUGACCUUACCGCUCUUACCCGGGAACACCUUCAACAGGAACUUAGGAAAGGAGAAAUUUCAUAAAUCUCAUCACUUUGACUUCCCAAAUGGAGUCCCUACAAUAGUGGGAGAUGAAAAGCCUGGCAUUGGUGGGGAGCCAUUGGUGGGUCAAAAGCUGAAAAUCAGACACAGUGUCUUUCCAAAGGGACAAGGAACUGAUGCCCCAGCAUGGGUAGCCUUUGAUAAACAGGUUCUUAACUUUCAAGCCUAUUUUCAAGAGGCAGUUCAAGAGAAGAGAGAAGAACGCUAUCGAAUAAGAAAAGUCAAAAUCUACUUCUAUCUGGAGGAUGAUACAAUCCAGGUUAUUGAACCAGAAGUGAAAAACAGUGGCAUCCCUCAAGGAACCUUAAUCCGGCGUCACCGUAUACCACUUCCAUUCCCAAAUGAAGACAUGUACUAUACAGUGGAUCAUUUCAAUAUCAAUCAAGAAAUUGUUUUCUACUCAAGGACAUUUAUGAUCACAGAUUGUGAUGCAUUCACCAAAAAUUUUCUGCGGAAAAUGGGUGCCCGAGUGAAUCCACCUGCUUGUGUUCCUGAAGAUCCUUACAAUGAAAAGCGUGAAGAAUUAAGAAAAAACAUGCAACCUCUCCGGCCAUAUGAGAAGUUGGACACACUCAGACAGUUCCUGGAUCACGAUACGCACGUGCUACGCUUUUACGGUUAUUGGGAUGACUCAGAGACCAUGUUUGGAGACUUGAGGGAAUUGGUCUUGCACUACUACCUUGCGGAUGAUACCAUUGAGAUUAGGGAGGUCAUACUCCCGAAUUCUGGCAGGGAUGCUGUUAGCAUAUUUCUCCACCGAAGUCGACUACCAAAGCAUGUUCCGGAACGAUUACCUCACCCUGGUGAGAUUACAGACCACACAAUUUUGAAUGUGUUUGGACAAAUGGGACAUGCAGGCCGCUAUAUCUUGGAUGGUCUCAAGACUGGAGCUGUGUACCAGGAAAUGUAUAAGGACUCUGACCUAAUGAUUGGAGCAGUGAUAAAUGUCUGGGGACGGAAAGUGGUGAUCUGUGAUUGUGAUGAAUUCACAAAAGAAUACUACCGGAACAAAUAUGGUAUUGCGGAAUUCACCCCAAUCAAAAUCAAGUCAAAAGAAGGACCUAAAAUUGAGAAGGAAAUUGCUCCAUACACUGGUUUUGGAUCAGAGGAAGACUCCCUCAAUUCAACCCUUAAAAUGGUUCCUCAUGUACAACGAAACAUGUUAAAAUUCAUGGAGAAUGACAGACAAGGUCUGGAUGGUAAUGUGCUCCGGUUUUCUGCCCGAAUGGUAUUGGACAGCAACCCAAUCAACAGUGAACGGAAAUUUGUCAUUUCAUAUUUCUUGAAUGAUGACACUAUGAGUAUUUUUGAACCUCCUAUAUCAAACUCAGGUGUUGUUGGUGGAAAGUUUUUGGAAAGAGGAAAAAUAAAAAAACCUAACCAGGAGCUCUUUAAGAGUGAGCCAUCGCAAUACUUUACUGUGCAUGACCUGUUCAUCGGAGCUAAGCUGUGCCUCAAUGGUCACAGCUUUUUGUUGGUAGAUGCUGAUGAAUAUACUUUAUGUUACAUGGAAAAACAUGCAGAUGAAUUCCUCAAAGGUAAUAUCUGUUCAAUCCUGAGCAAACUCAAAACAAUAAACAAUGAUAAAUCUCUCGAAAUUAAGAGGAUGUUUGCAGCUCAAGAUUUCGGAAGCUGUGGCAUAAUUAGAUACGAUCAGUUCAGGGAUAUCUUGCUUGAGAUUGCACAGGAACACUUCACUCCUCAUGAGAUUAUGACAAUAUGCCGCUACUAUAGCAUCCGUGAACAGCCAGGUUCAGACUUGUGUGUUGUACUAGCUCUGGUCCAAGAACAGCUGAGAAAGCACCCCUUUGAAGACUUCACUAAACUGACUCAAGCAUUCACAUUUGAGGAUCAGCAAAGAACUGGAUUAUUGUCGACAAAGGAAAGCAGAAAUAUCUUGAAGUCAUUCCAUCUGCCUCUAUCCAAAGAUCUUAUCGAAGAACUUCUGUCAAAGUUUAAAGAUGCUGAAGGACGGGUGCAAUAUACAAAUCUAAUCUCAAGCAUGAACUGGAGGGAAUACCCUCUCCCAGCUUCAGAAGUUGCACAGUACCCCAGCAAG